AAUUAAGUUUUUUUAAAAAUGAUUUUCAAUAGCAAAUAACUUUUAAUUUUUCAAUAUUUUUUUUUUAUAUUUCUUCCUCCAUAGAAGUGUUAAAGUAGAUCAAGUAGCAAUAGUUCUUAUUCCUUCUCCCUUCUUUGCUCCACCUUCAAAAAUCUCACUGAAACCACUUCCAAAUUCUACUUUCAGUCCAAAACCUAAUCUGAACUUAGAUUUCGCAAAUCAACAUGGAAAGGCUUCAACGAAUGUUCGCCGGUGCAGGUGGAGCCCUAGGUCAUCCACCUCCAGAUUCCCCAACCCUAGAUUCCUCCGAGCAAGUCUACAUCUCAUCCCUCGCUCUUCUCAAGAUGCUUAAACACGGUAGGGCUGGUGUUCCCAUGGAGGUUAUGGGUUUAAUGCUUGGAGAAUUCGUGGAUGAGUAUACCGUACGUGUUGUUGAUGUGUUUGCAAUGCCACAGAGUGGAACUGGUGUUAGUGUUGAAGCUGUUGAUCAUGUUUUUCAGACUAAUAUGCUUGAUAUGCUUAAACAAACUGGACGACCUGAGAUGGUUGUUGGUUGGUACCAUUCACAUCCUGGAUUUGGAUGUUGGUUGUCUGGUGUUGACAUCAAUACACAGCAGAGUUUUGAGGCUUUGAAUCAGCGAGCAGUGGCUGUAGUUGUGGAUCCAAUCCAAAGUGUUAAAGGCAAAGUGGUGAUUGAUGCUUUUCGAUUGAUCAAUCCACAGACAAUGAUGCUUGGGCAAGAACCAAGGCAGACAACAUCCAAUCUGGGGCAUCUGAAUAAACCAUCCAUUCAGGCUUUGAUCCAUGGGUUGAACCGGCAUUAUUAUUCCAUAGCCAUCAAUUACAGGAAAAAUGAACUUGAGGAGAAGAUGUUGCUUAAUCUUCACAAGAAGAAAUGGACCGAUGGUUUGACACUUAGGCGAUUUGAUACACAUUCCAAAACUAAUGAACAGACUGUUCAGGAAAUGCUGAGCUUAGCUACCAAAUACAACAAGGCUGUCCAAGAGGAAGAUGAGCUGCCCCCUGAGAAGCUUGCAAUUGCAAAUGUGGGUAGACAAGAUGCCAAGAAGCACCUCGAAGAACAUGUCUCCAAUUUGAUGUCUUCUAACAUCGUUCAAACUCUUGGAAUGAUGCUUGACACUGUUGUCUUCUAGAGUUGUUAUUUUGGACCUUCUGGUUAAUCUAGCAUGUUAAGGAGACAAGUUAUUGUUUACAAUUUGGGUUUCCUAAUUAUUCUCAGACUAUAUUUGAAUACAGAUGUAUUCUUUGGAUGAGCUGAAAAGGUCAAGAAAGUAAAACAUAGCACGUAGUUUCUUUGA